AAGGAUACAUAUGGAUAUCUGUUCCCACCCAGGACAUUGCUAGAUGCUUUGGGAAGAUGCUGGUGCUGAAGUGUUCCAUGAAACUGCAGAUGCUGGAGAAAAUGUUAAUGCAGAACUUCCCCGAAUCACGCAAGGUUUAUGGAGCAUUGCUGAAUAUCAACAGAGGCAAUCCCUUCAGGAUGGAAGUGGUGGUGGAUUCGUGGCCAGAUUUCAAAGUUGUCAUUACCAGGCGGCAGAUGGAGGAUGAGAUGGACGACCUUGACCAUUACACCAAUGCCUAUGCAGUUUUCUACAAGGACCUACAGGCUUACCAGGAGCUACUGGCCAACACAGAUACCAUCAACUGGGAACAGAUCUUUCAGAUACAAGGGCUCCAGGAUGGAUUAUAUGAAGUAUCCAACACUGUUGCUACGUCUAAACAAGUCGAUGUGAAACUAUCCUCUUUCCAGAUGUUUAUCCUCCCAGACCCUGACAUGCUGCCAGACGUCAGAACUCAGAUGGAUCCUGCACCGAGACUGGCUUACCUUGAUGUCUCUCAUGCCAGCCUGCUGAAUGAAACCUGGUCACGGGGAGGCAACGAGCAAUGCCAGAGGUACAUUGCCAACCUCAUUUGCUGCUUCCCCAGCAUCUGCGUGCUAGAUGACAACGGGCACCCUGUCUCCUGGAGUCUGACAGAUCAGUUUGCCACCUUGAUUCACACUUAUACUCUUUCUGAGCACCGCAGGAAAGGUUAUAACCGACUUGUUGCCACCAUGUUAGCUAAGAAGUUACAGAGCCAGGGCUUUCCAGUUCAGGGUAAUAUCCUGGAGGAGAACAUACCAGCUAUAACAUUGUUCAAAAGCAUGAACUGUCAAUUUCUGCCCUGCCGAUUUUUGAGACUCAUUCACACUCCUUUCCGGUUUUUAGCCAGCCCUGACCUAUAGUCUAAGCACCGGUAUAAGUUAUUGAUCUCCUGAGUAUCUCCUCCACUGUAACUAGGUGAAAUAUUACAGCCUGUGUUAUAUGGGAAAUCAGACUAGAUGAUCAUAAUGAUCCCUCUUCUGGCUUUAAAAAUCUCUGAAUCUAAUAUACCCUAGUAACUGUUCACGGUAUCUCAGUUCAGCAAAUCAAAGAAAGAUAGGAACGGAUUUAAGUCUAGCAUUUGGUUAUUGCAAUUCAUCUGUAACUGACAUCUCCACUGUAUUCCCUCUUAUUAAAAGGACAAUUCCUUUAGCUUAGCGAACUGUCUUGUCUGCUCAGAGAGACAAAAUAGGCAAGCUUAUAUCUUUUAUCAGACCUACCCACAUUUACUGGACAAACCAGACCUCUGACCCCUCCUGGCCUCUUCAAGUGCAUCUCAUCUAGAUCUCAGGCCCUGGGCUGUCUCUUGGGGUGGAAUCACAUAAUUCUCCCACUUUCAGACCAGGCCCUGGCUUGCAGUCCCCUGUGUAUCAACCAUGAUCACCUCGGCAGACAUGUCCAGACCCUACAGUUCUGUUCCUCCUGGGGAACAGACAGUGGUAAUCAGCAACUAAACAGCCUCCUUCAAGCAAAGUAUUAUUUAGAACAAAAGCAUUUAAGAGAAAAGUGGUCUUUAGUAAGAAGGCACACUACAUGCCUCUCUAGCUCACCAGGUGGUUAACAGUCUUACUACAGACUCCACAUGGAAGAUAAACUUCCUAUAGACUCUUCUGCAAAACCGCUCUGUGUGUCAGCGUCUCUCCUCCCUGUCAGACCUCCAUGAUAUUCUCUGGACAGUCCAGGGAUCAAGGCACUAUGGAUAUGCCUGUGUAAGGGGACUGUUGCCCCCUUACUAACGUUCAGUGGGGUGUUUUGGUUGGCUAGCUCCCAGCACUAAAAGGGGAAGGGUCGAUGGCAAAUCAGGAGCCU